AGAAGGCCUUAAAUUAUUAAUGGAAAAACUUGCUCGGGUUAUUAAUCGAUUUAGCGAAUUCGCCGGUAAAUUUAAAAAUUUGCCUACUCUGGGAUUCACCCAUUUUCAGCCUGCUCAGUUGACUACCGUUGGUAAAAGAGCAACUCUAUGGAUUCAGGAAUUACUAUGGGAUCUAAGGAACAUAACGAGAAUCAGAGGAGAUGUUUGGUUUCGUGGAGUGAAGGGCACCACGGGAACUCAGGCUUCGUUUUUAUCUCUAUUUGAAGGUGAUCAUGAUAAGGUAGAAACUUUAGAUAGACGCGUUGCCGAACUCUCUGGAUUCGAAGAAUUGUACCCAGUAACUGGACAGACAUAUUCGCGUAAAAUAGACGUUGAUGUAUUAAAUGCUUUAAGUUCAUUUGGCUCAACAACACAUAAGAUCGCCACGGAUAUAAGAUUAUUGGCAAAUCUUAAGGAAAUCGAAGAACCGUUUGAGAAAGAUCAAAUUGGUAGUUCUGCAAUGGCUUAUAAAAGGAAUCCAAUGAGAUGUGAAAGGGUUUGUAGUUUAUCGAGACAUCUAAUAGCCCUCGCUCAAGAUGCUUUGAUGACCAACAGUGUUCAAUGGUUAGAAAGAACUUUGGAUGACAGUGCCAAUCGACGUAUCUCAAUUCCCGAAGCAUUUCUAACAGCUGAUAUCGUUUUAUCACUGUUACAAAAUAUUUCCGAAGGAUUUGUGGUGUAUCCCAAAGUGAUUCAACGUCACAUCGCGCAAGAAUUACCAUUCAUGGCGACUGAAAAUAUUAUUAUGGCGAUGGUCAAAAAAGGAGGUGAUAGACAACAAUGCCACGAAGAAAUUAGAGUUUUGAGUCAUCUGGCUGCUAGUAAGGUUAAAGAAGAAGGGGAAGAGAAUGAUUUGAUUGAAAGAAUAAAAAAUACUGAAUAUUUUAGACCCAUUUGGGAAGAGCUUGAUUCCUUAUUAGAUCCAAAGACAUUCAUCGGGCGAUCACCGCAACAAGUUGACAAAUUUUUGAGAGAUUAUGUGGAGCCUGUAUUAAAACCAUACGAAGGUUUGCUAAAGCAAGAGAAGAAAGUGAUCUUAAAUGUUUAA